AUGUCUCACGGAACAGUAGUAGCUAAAAACGACACAGGAUUUGUCGUCGUUUCAGAGGGAUCGUGUCCCUCUUGUAGUACAGAGAUCAAGAACAAAGACGACAAAUAUUGUCGAAAAUGCGGAUUCAGAAUCAAUUUCAGUUGCACGAAAUGCGGAAAGAACGUGAGGUAAGUUGUAUUUUAUCAAGUUCACGACGUUUUCCCCGCAAAAUCCUAAUUUUCACAUCAAAAUUUGGUUUAGUGCAACACUUGGCCCAACUAUAUUUAUUGUGUCAACUCUGCCUCCGAUUCGAAUUCGAAUUUACCGCCAAAAAAUGUUUACCUUUCAGGCCGGUCGAUAAGUACUGUGCACAUUGUGGGGCAAAGCGAUGGCACUGGUACGAGAUGUGGAGGCUGGGAAUCCUCCACAGGAAUCCCGGAUUUGUUCUUGGCACCACAAUCGCUGUUGGUGUCGCCUAUUUUGGGCUCUAUUACUGGUUGAAAGGAAGGUCGAGAAGAUGGUGAAUGCCUUCACAGAGAUGUAUUGCGUUGUUCUAGAUAUUGUUUCUAAAAUUUUGAGAGAUUUUUCUGAAAUUUUUUGCUAUAAAUAUUUUUUUGUCUACUUGAGGAAGUUUUCGAUUUCUUGAUGCUCUUUGCUGUCGCAAACAGCGUUAUAUACCUAGCAGUUUACUAAAAUUUACAGUUACAAUUGUGUGAAAUGUUAUUUUUGUUAGUUUGGGUAAGUUGCAUUAGUUUUUGCGCAAUUUGUUACCUAAAAUGCCUAGUGUAAUGUAAAUUUUACUGUUUGGUUUGCUUUUUGCCAUUUUUUUUCACUUUGAUCAUCAACGUAAAGACCUACUACGCGUUUUAAACUAUUUUUCAUAUCGAAUUCCGUUCAGUUUCAACACUUUCUCACUGAUGUUGUUUUAGAUCGGAAAUGACUGAUUCCCCAGUUCUCUUGCCCGGAAAUGACGCCGAAAAUGGUGAGAAUUACAAGUGCUCAAUGUGCAAGGUCCUCUGCGUUACCAAGAAUGAUUCUUUCUGUUCUAACUGUGGCUAUGAAUUCAAGUUCAGAUGUGACGGCUGUUAUGGCUUUUUGAAGUAAGUAUUUGUCGUAGUGGACGUUUUUGUCCCCACCCCGGUUUUGUCCCCAAGACGGUUUUGUCCCCAGGACGUUUUUGUCCCCACUUUUUUCGAGCCUUUUUGUCCCCAGACCGGUUUUGUCCCCAGGACGGUUUUGUCACCAAGACGUUUUUGUCCCCACUUUUUUUAUUUUUUUGUCCCCACACCGGUCUUGUCCCCAGGACGUUUUUGUCCCCAAGCUGGAUAGUACGAUUAAAAAUUAUGCAUUCAGAUGUUAAUGCUGUUGGUUUGGUGCACAGUACUGCUCGAACAACUUGUUCUUAGCGCUUGGUACUGUACAGUACGAGGUGGUACUAUAUAGCACGAGGUAAAAAUUAUGCCAUAACACGUCAAUGCUAUGGGUUUGAAGCCCAGUACUUCUCAAAAAUGUGUUUUAGCACAUGGUACUAUAUAGCACGAAUUUGUUUUUGUACAAAAUGAACGUCUGAUCAGUACUGCAUACCAAAACAACGUCAUUCACGCGCUAUGGCUUAAUUUUUACCUCGUGCUUUAUAGUACCACCUUGUACUAUACAGUACCAAGUGCUAAGAACAUGUUGCAGUACUGUGCACCAAACAAACAGCAUUAACAUCUGAAUGCAUGCUUUUUAAUCGUACUAUCUAGCUUGGGGACAAAAACGUCCUGGGGACAAAACCGGUGUGGGGAAAAAAAAUAAAAAAAGUGGGGACAAAAACGUCUUGGGGACAAAACCGUCCUGGGGACAAAACCGGUCUGGGGACAAAAAGGCUCGAAAAAAGUGGGGACAAAAACGUCCUGGGGACAAAACCGUCUUGGGGACAAAACCGGGGUGGGAACAAAACCGGGCCCAAUCGUAUUUGUAGUUUUUGUUGGUGUUUAGGUAAAAAAGAAGAUGCUGAUUACGCUACCAUGGAAUUUUAGCGCCAUUUCCAGGCGGAUUUAAUAAUUUUCUUUACUGAAAAUUGACAAAUUGAUGUUACUUUAGGUGGUUUUGAUCAAAAUCAUAGGAAAAUUUGCUGGGUAAAGGCUAUGGUUCAUUUACUAGUUGUAUUCUUGGAUUUUACAAGCUUUUCAUGUUGUAAAUAGAGAAAUAAAAAAUUUUUGUUACCUAAAUUUUGCCUAACAAGGGAAUGGUCUGAACUUCCCCCAGCGUUUCGGAAAAUGACUGGUACAGGUGGAUAGAGCAGCUCAACUUUGGUAAAAAGAGCCAUUUUCCAGCUGCGGAAUAAGCCCGGCCGACGAGAAAAAUCGACCGAAAGUUCCACAAAAAUUUCCUCUUUCUCUUCCCUCGGAAAAGAAGAGCGGUGUCCAGUGGUUCGGUUAGCCGAGUGGAUAAAGCAUCCGCUCGGUAUUCUUUUGGGGGUUGGUUCGAUUCCGGGGCAGCGCGAAGGACCGUGAUAAGACUUUGGUGUGAGCAAGAUCAAACUCUUAUGAAACAAAAAAAUAUUUUGGCAUUUUUAUACGUUUUAUAGAGGGGCACUAUACCGAAAACACAAAUAACCGUGAAAAAAUGAUUUUUUUUGGAUUUACCAGACCCACAAAGCGUUGAAAAGUCGAAGUCAUACCGGGGCAGCGCGAAAGACCGUAAUAAGACUUUAUAGGUUAUACAACAAUUUUUAAGCAAUACUAAUUGGGGGUACAGUCCGUUUCAAAAAGAUAGAGAUACCCUUAUCUAUGACCAAACAUGUAUGACUUCGACGUUCCGUCGCUUUGUAGGUCUGGAAAAAUCCAAAAAAAUUCACGGUUAUUUGUGUUUUCGGUAUAGUGCCCCUCUAUAAAACGUAUAAAAAUGCCAAAAUAUUUUUUUGCUUCAUAAGAGUUUGAUCUUGCUUACACCAAAGUCUUAUCACGGUCCUUCGCGCUGCCCCGGAAUCGAACCAACCCCCAAAAGAAUACCGAGCGGACGCUUUAUCCACUCGGCCAACCGAACCAUUGGACACCGCUCUUCUUUUCCGAGGGAAGAGAAAGAGGAAAUUUUUGUGGAACUUUCGGUCGAUUUUUCUCGUCGGCCGGGCUUAUUCCGCAGCUGGAAAAUGGCUCUUUUUACCAAAGUUGAGCUGCUCUAUCCACCUGUACCAGUCCUUUUCCGAAACGCUGGGGGAAGUUCAGACCAUUCCCUCGUAAAGUAAUAUCAAGUCGGAGUUUUUGAAGGAAUAUUGGCGUAGAGUAAUUUCAUAUCGUAAUUUACUCUCUGGAACGUUUAUUGUAUCAUUUUCCAGGCCCCAGCACGCCUACUGUCCCAAUUGCGGGCAUCGUCAGCAUUCCAUUCUCAAAAUUCUUCGUCAUGACUUCCAAAAUUACCGUCAUCAUCUGCUUUUUGGCUCAGCUUUAAUUCUCGUUGCUCUCUUCAUCAGACGCCGUCCAAUGCAUCCACCUCAGAAGGCUUGCCCAGCCAAACUCGACCUCUCCAUGCCCAGUAUUGACAUUGGAAAAACCGCUCAGAGCUGGUCCAAUUGGGCUGUCAGCUGGAUCCCCGGUACUCAGAAGUAG